AUACGUGUCAGCCCCCAGCCUGUCGAUUUGUACUCCCUUAACUGAAAGUGCCACAUAAAGGCACGUUUUCAGCGUGGUGUGUAGCGGAGUACAACUAAAAACUAUCAAUUUGACGAACCUGACAAAAUCAUCUUUUAUUGAAAGAUAAUAAAACAAUCAUCGUCUUUUAAAUAUUACGGUGCUAUGUACAGUGAGCGUUGAAUACUCAAGGAGUUCAUCAUGGUAAUUGGUGAAGUUCACGUUUGAAGUCGCCCUUAAUUGUACUGUAGAAUUGCUGUAAAGGUCUGUUGCAAUGGAGAUCAUUUCAUCAUAGUAUUCAACAUAAUUUACCAAUGGUUCCAAUUGUCAUUGAACAAACAGGACGAGGCGAGCGAGCGUAUGACAUCUAUUCAAGACUUUUAAAGGAGAGAAUUAUUUGUUUGAUGGGCCCUAUACAUGAUGAUAUUUCAAGUGUAGUUAUAGCACAGCUGCUGUUUUUACAAUCAGAAAGCAACAAGAAACCAAUUCAUAUGUAUAUCAACAGCCCAGGUGGGUCAGUUACCUCUGGACUGGGAAUCUAUGACACAAUGCAGUACGUGCGCCCACCGAUAGCGACGUGGUGCGUAGGCCAGGCGUGUAGUAUGGCAUCGUUGUUACUAGCAGCAGGCACAGCUGGCAUGAGACAUAGUCUUCCCAACUCAAGGAUUAUGGUACAUCAGCCAUCCGGAGCUGCACAGGGCCAAGCAACAGAUAUUAAAAUCCAAGCAGAGGAGAUAUUAAAAAUGAGAGCACAAAUCAAUGAGCUUUAUGUUAAACACACGAAACAGCCUUUAAGUACCGUAGAGGAAGCAAUGGAGCGGGAUCGGUUCAUGACCCCACUGGCUGCUGUCGAGUUUGGUCUGCUGGAUAAAGUCCUCGAACACCCUCCCGUCUUACCAGAGGAGGAUGACAACAAACCAUUAAAAUGAUGUUUCGUUAAUUAAUAAAAUCCGGUCUUGCAAUACGUUUUUUGUAAAUAGAUAACACUGGUGAGUUGUAUCGAAGUACGCUAAUGGUUUCAAAGUUCAGUGCUUAUGACCAUUGCAUCUUAAACCCACAGAAAUGUAAUAAUAAUGAUAAUAAUUAUUAUUAUAAUUAUGAUUUAUUGCAGCAAAUUCCAGGAUAUUAAUUGUGAAAAUUAUGUCCAAUAAAAAUCAUUUUUUGAUUUUAUCUUGUUUAUGGUAUUUAUUUUGAUUUUAUAAAAUAAUUUUUUAAAAUGUUUUCUUGUUCAUGUUAUUCAUUCAUAUUUAAAAUGAGAAAUGUCUUCGAUGAUUUCAGUCAAUUGAACAUUAAACAAAUCAUUAUUACAAGUGUGUCAAUGUGCUGAUGACAUUUAAAAUAAAUAUUGGAAAAGGCCAAUAAAGUAGGCAUACCAACUAAUUGAGAAUGACAACCAUGCACCAUCAAACUGAAGUGAGUUUGACUUUUUUUUUUUUUCGUUGAUGAGCUAUGCUUCUUCCUAUUGUUAUUAUUCUUCCUACUGUUAUUAUUUUUUAUCUAUUUGUUUUAUUGUGUGUACGGUGCUAUGCAGCAAAUUUGAUUUGAAAAUACAUAAUAUCUCAAAUAUUUAUUAUCCUUAAUUAUCACCAGUGAUGCCCAUACAUGUCUCUAUUUUAUCUUGUUAGCUUAGAAGAGUUUCGGAUCGUUAACUACGUCACAUACAGAUUGGUUAUAUUUAAGAUGAGGUGAAAUUAUGUUUCUUGAGAAAGAAUGUAUGUUAGGUACUGUAGAGAUGUAAAUUAUAGGGUAUACUUCAUACUUGUUUAUCAUUAAGUUCUAAACAUUAAUAUGAUAUUCCACUCAAUAAAACGUAUAUAUAUAUAUAUAUAUAUAUAUAUAUGAUUAGAAACAUGUUGUAAUCAUAUCAAGCAUAGCUCAUCAAAUAUUUCAGUCGUAUGAAAAAAGUGCCUCUGGUGGGAUUAGCCCUUCAACAAAUACAAAGCUCAUUUACAGUUGUGGAAAAUUCGAAACUUCUGAUCUCUCACUGACAAGGCUAGCGCAUGGGUAUUGUCACAGAUUCCAUCCAGCCGGAUACACUUCAACGCACAACUGAUAGGUAUAUGUCAUCACGAAUUGAGGAAGCAGCAGAAGAAAUGAACUACUGUAUCUGUAUUAAGAUAAAUGAAAACAUGUAAAAUAAAAUUCUAUAUUUUAAUUCCUUAUGUUAAGUAUUGAAAGCGUUUGCUGUUGUAAUGAGCUAAACAACUUCAAAAUUUUAAUUAAAUAUUUUAAGUUAUUUUUUGA